UGUGAGCUCCUUACCUAUUAAAUGAUCUGAUAACGCAAUCCAGGUCAGACAUAGGGCACAUUAUCAGAUAAAUCAACUGUACGUGCUCAUUGCCCUCAACUAUAUAUAGAGGCAGCACAAAUGUGAGAAGCACGGAGAUGUUAGAAAGUCAACUGAGAAGCAGUAAUGAUGAGCUUAAAACAAACGGAACUGUCUCAAUCCAAGCGUUCGUUCCUACAGGCUGUGUUCUGCUGUGGAUUUCUGAUGCUGAGUCUCACACACGCCACCUCCGAACAGACGACUGUCUGCGACAUCGGCCUGUUAAUCCCAAAACACUUCCACACUUCGGAGUCAGAGACGAUGGAAGGAAACGGCAACAUCAACAACCGCUCGCUGUCUGCCUGGAACUGGACUCCUCACACCAGCGCCCACAGGAUCCCCGGAGUGAUAUUUGAGGCGACGUGUCAGUCUCAUCACUGCUCGUAUCCCAGCAGCCACCAUCACACAGAGCUGAACUCGGUGCCGAUAUACAGCACCACGCUGGUGCUCACGCAGAACCCAAAAAACAGGAAGUGCUUCACCGUAAAGUUCCAGAGAGUCGUCGUGGGCUGCACGUGUGUGUGGGCCAAAUCACUGCCGUGACGCCUCGGAGUCCACGGCAACCGAAUGGUUUUAACACGUACCAAACCAAUCAAAUAAAAUGACAUUCAGUUUUUAAAAAUUAGACAUUAUUCCAAAGAUAUGUGAGAUAUUAAUUGUGAAACUGAUUAGAUGAGCUUUGAGCUGAUUAUUAUUUCACACUGAAUGCUAGGAAAAGGCUUAAAUUGGCUUGUUACAGAUAUUUAUAUGUACAGUAUAUGUAUAUCUACAGUAUAUUGUUGCGUAUAUUCAGAAUGUAUAUUCACUAAUAUACACUAAUCAUUGACACACUCUACAGAAGACUAUGUUAACAUUGAUGUAAGUUAUUAGAUGAUGGCAGUAAGAGUUGUAGAUGUUCUUUUGCUAAUUGGCACUAACUGUGAAACUAUUUGUGGUCUAUAAACAACAACCAGCAUUAGCUUACUUAGUGGAGAUUGGAGAUUAUUCCACAUUUAUAAUUUAUGACUUUUCAGUAAAUGUUUCUGUGUAUUUUCAGGUUUGUGUUCUUGACUUCUGUUGUUCCACCGAGUCAGAGUCACCUGAUGUUGUUGAGAGAAAUUUGUCCACUCGUGUUGCUCCUACGCUAAUGCUGCAUUUCACGAUAGCCAUGAAGACUAAAACAGCAUAUAUUUAUACAUUCUUUAAUUAGUAUUCAUAUAUUCAUAAUAUUAAUUCAUAAACCACAAGAGAAGAUUGUAAGUAUCUCAUCACCCCUUUAGUAAAGUGACUCCUCGUUUAGGAAACACUGACACAAUUACACAAUGUUUAAGAUCCUAGCAUAGAGAGAGAGAGAGAGAGAGAGACAGAGAUGGAGACAGAGAGAGAGAGAGAGAGAGAGACAGAGAUGGAGACAGAGAGAGAGAGAGAGAGAGAAAGAGAGAAAGAGAGAGAGACAGAGACAGAGAAAGAGAGAGAGACAGAGACAGAGAGAGAGAGAGAGGGAUGAGCUCGCUGGAUAUACUGAAUGUGUGUGUUGUGGUGUAUUUGUGUAUGUGUGUGUGUGUGUGUGUGUGUGUGUAUUUGUGUGUGUGUGUGUGUGUGUAUUUGUAUGUGUGUGUGUGUGUGUGUGUGUGUGUAUUUGUGUAUUUGUGUGUGUGUGUGUGUGUAUUUGUGUGUGUGUGUGUGUGUGUGUAUGUGUGUGUUUGUGUGUGUGUGUGUGUGUGUGUGUGUGUGUGUGUGUGUGUGUGUGUGUGUGU